CUAACCAGAAAAUAUAUUUAAAAAAAGAAGUGAAAUUUUCUGUAGUCUAUCUUUGGUUUCCAUCAGAAAAAGUUACCCGGCAACCAAACAUAGAAAGAUCGAUGUAUUUUCCCUUCCCUUUAACGUGAAUAAUCGUUUUCCUUCCUAGGAGCGUUAAUGUAUAACUGCGUAAAAGAGUCAUGGACUCCUUUGAUUAGUUCCAAUAAUGUUAGCAAUCCGGACCUCAACCCUUCUCUCUGAACACCACUUUCGCCAAAAUUCGUUAGUUUUCAUCACUGCCUACUCUACGUACUCCACCACAUUCCUGUCAAAGCCCCAACCCAGCUCUCCAAUAAAUUCCAAAAGCAGCAAAUUCCUUGUUCUCUGCAACUCUCAAAUUGCCAAGAAUGGAAGAAAUGGUAAUCUUAGGGAAGCUGAAUCCAUCUUCAACCGCAUGCCCUUUAAAAACGUCAUUUCCUGGACAGCCAUGCUUACUGCAUGUUCGGAUAAUGGUAAAAUUGAUAAGGCACGAAAACUGUUUGAUGAAAUGCCCCAAAGGAAUACUGCGUCAUGGAAUGCGAUGAUCACGGCAUACAUUCGUAAUAACCAGAAGGUUGAUCAAGCUUAUGAACUGUUCUGUAGGAUGCCCGAGCGCAAUCCUGUUUCUUAUGCUGCAAUGAUCACGGGAUUUGUCCGGGCAGGAAUGAUAUUUGAGGCCGAGGAACUGUAUUUGGAGAUGCCAUUGAUAGGGCGGGACCCUGUUGCUUCCAAUGCGUUGAUUUCAGGAUACUUGAAGGAGGGUAAAUUAGAAGAGGCUGUCCGGAUAUUUGAAGGUAUGUCGGAGAGAGAUGUUGUUACUUGGAGCUCAAUGGUUGAUGGCUACUGCAAAAAUGGUCGGAUUUCAGAUGGGAAAGAAUUGUUUGAGAAGAUGCCGGAGCGAAAUGUGGUUUCUUGGACAUCGAUAAUUGGGGGUUAUAUGAAGAUGAGGCAGUUUGGUGAAGGUUUCGGGUUGUUUUUACAGAUGAGAAAGGAAGAUGAUGUGAAGGUUAAUUCUACAACCCUGACUAUAAUCUUUGAAGCAUGUGCUGAUCUGGGUAGACUUUCAGAAGGGAUUCAAGUUCAUGGACUGGUUUUGUCAAUGGGUUUUGAUUUUGAUGUAUUUUUGGGUAAUUCUAUCAUCACCAUGUAUUGCAGAGUUGGUUAUAUGGAUGCCGCUAAGACUAUGUUUGAUCUCAUGAACAAGAAAGAUGUAGUUUCUUGGAAUUCACUGAUAGCUGGUUAUGUUGAAUAUGACAAAACUGAUGAGGCCUACAUGAUGUUUGAGAUGAUGCCGAUCAGAGAUGUUGUUUCUUGGACAACCAUGAUUUCAGGAUUCUCAAAUAAGGGGAGGAUUGGAGAAUCCAUUAAUUUGUUCAAGGAGAUGCCUGAGAAAGAUGAUAUUUCAUGGACUGCAGUUAUUUCAGGCCUUGUGAGUAAUGAGGAAUAUGAGGAGGCUUUGCGUUGGUUCAUAGAGAUGGUUCAGUGCUCAGUCAAACCAAAUAGCCUCACAUUAAGCAGUGUACUCAGUGCCUCAGCGGGUUUGGCAAUACUAAAUCAAGGGCUACAGAUACAUAGCCAUAUUGUGAAGAUGGAUAUGGAAUUUGAAGUGUCCAUCCAAAACUCACUCAUCUCUAUGUAUGCAAAAUGUGGAAGUGUACAUGAUGCCUACCGGAUUUACAUUGGCAUUGAUAAACCUAAUCUUAUCUCGGUGAACUCAAUGAUCACAGGUUUUGCCCAAAAUGGGUUUGGUAAAGAAGCUCUAGAAAUAUUCGAGCAAAUGAAGACCGAAGGCUUUGAACCGAACCAAAUUACAUUCUUAGGUGUUCUUUCGGCUUGUGCCCAUGUGGGACUUGUAGAAGAAGGACAAGCCUACUUCAAAUCAAUGAGCUCUUCAUACAAUAUUGAACCAGACCCUGAUCAUUACACAUGCAUGGUUGAUCUCCUUGGCCGUGCAGGAUUGCUAAAGGAAGCAAUUGAUUUGAUUCAUUCAAUGCCCUCCAAACCGCAUUCUGCAGUAUGGAGUGCUCUACUAAGUGCUUGUAGGACCCACUUGGAUCUAAAUCUUGCUAAGCUUGCAGCUCAACAGCUUUUUGAAUUGGAGCCCAAUAGUGCAACUGCGUAUGUCAUCUUGUCUGACAUGUAUUCUCUUACGGGGCAUAAGGAAGAAGGAGAAGAACUAAGGAUGGCCAAGAAAUUGAGAGGGGUUAAAAAGAGUCCAGGUUGCAGUUGGAUUAUAGUAGACAAGAAGGUGCACUUGUUCCUGGCAGGUGAUGAUUCCCGACUAAAUCUUUUUCAAGUUAGUGCCACAAUGAGGAUCACGAAGAAAACCCUUGCACAUUUGUGCAUAACUGAUGGAAGCAAUGAUAAUGGAAGUAGAGAAUUGCAAAAGUCUUUGCAAGCAAUUGAGCUGAUGCUACCUCAUCCACAAACAUCCUUUGCUCUGCAUUCAAUCAGGGAUGCCUUGUAAAACCCCAUUUUUCUUUGUUUAUAUUAUGAUAAUGUAUCAUAGAAAAUUAGUACUGCAAACAAAGAACAAACCGCAGAAUUGUUAAGCCAAAAAAAAAAAUCAAUUCUAAGAAGGCCCUGAACUCAGAAUCAGGUCAACCCUUUUAAUGUUUAUAAUCUUUUAUUUUAUUUUAUUUUUUUAGGAUAUUGUUAAUACUAUCAUGUAAUUCCAUUCUCUCAUACUCUUAAGAGCAAUUUGGUUUUCUCUUA